AUGCCACAAGAGAAUUUUGAUUUUAAGUUUAGCCAAUGUUUUGGUGACAAAGCAGACAUUGUCGUUACAGAAGCGGAUAUCAUCACGUCGGUAGAGUUUGACCCGACGGGAGACUACUUGGCCACAGGAGAUCGAGGAGGCCGUGUGGUACUGUUCGAACGUAACAAUAGCAAGCACUGUGAGUACAAAUUUCUGACGGAAUUUCAAUCGCACGACGCAGAGUUCGACUAUUUGAAGUCAUUAGAAAUAGAGGAAAAGAUCAACCAAAUCAAGUGGUGCCGACCCACUAAUCAGUCUCAUUUCCUGUUGAGCACAAAUGACAAGACCAUCAAGCUAUGGAAAGUGUACGAGAAGAAUAUCAAGCUUGUGAGCGACAACAACCUCAGCGAGGGCACGUUCGCCACGCGCGGUGGCAAUGGCGCGGCAAAAGCGGUACUUUCGCUUUCGACGCUAAAAUUGCCCCGGCUCUCACAACACGACAAGAUCAUCGCUGCGGCGCCCAAAAAGAUCUACAGUAACGCACACACCUACCAUAUCAAUUCCAUAUCCAUAAACUCGGAUCAGGAGACGUUCAUCAGCGCGGACGAUUUGAGGAUCAACCUAUGGAAUCUGGAUAUUCCUGACCAGUCCUUCAACAUCGUCGACAUCAAACCGGCCAACAUGGAGGAAUUAACUGAGGUGAUCACCAGCGCUGAAUUUCAUCCACAGCAUUGUAAUCUUUUCAUGUAUUCGUCUUCCAAGGGUACAAUCAAGUUGGCAGACAUGCGCCAGAACGCGCUAUGUGACUUCAGAGCGAAGACGUUCGAGGAAUAUUUGGACCCUAUAAAUCAUAACUUUUUCACAGAGAUUACGUCCUCGAUAUCGGAUGUGAAGUUUAGCCCCGACGGCCGCUACAUUGCAUCAAGAGAUUAUUUGACGGUCAAAAUUUGGGACGUCAACAUGGAUAGCAAACCAGUCAAGACUAUAAAUAUUCACGACCAGCUGAAGGAUAGACUGAGCGACACUUAUGAAAAUGAUGCGAUUUUCGAUAAAUUUGAGGUGAGCUUCAGUGGUGAUAGCUCGAGCUUAAUGACAGGGUCAUACAAUAAUACUUUUAUGAUAUAUCCAAAUGUUGUGAAGGAAUCAACAACAGGCACUCCAGAGAUGGAUGAAAUUGUAUUACAAGCUGACAAGACUGCAUUUAAAUCCAAGAGACUGGGCACGCUGGAGCAGCAAAGUGCGCGUAAUAAAGAAUGGGGUGACGACAUAGAUUUCAAAAAAUCUAUCCUCCAUUUUUCUUGGCAUCCAAGAGAAAACAGCGUUGCUAUCGCUGCUACCAACAAUUUAUUCAUAUUUUCUGCAUUAUAG